AUGCCCACUUUUUCCCUCUCUCCUCAAGGGUCCCAGAUAGACAUGAUCCCAAAGUAUUCCUUGAUGGGGCCUUUCAGAGGACACAUGAGUAUCAAAAGUAGCUCCUUUUCUCCCAGUUCUUCAUGCAAGUUGUCAAGCCAGUACAUCAUUCAAGAUCACAUGUCUACACAUUACAGAAAAUUGCUAUCUGCCAAAGCUGCUGUUGAUUCAUCUGCUCCAAAGAGUUUGAGCACGAGCAUUAAAUACCAGGACCAGCAGAAAAGAGAGGCACUCAUUAAAGCACUUGAGAAAUACAAGAAAGAAAUGUCCCGGAUCCCUUCUGGACCUCCAUGUCAUCCCAGGAGUGUUUCCACAGAGAAUUGUAAAUGGUUACAGAACAGCCCGACUUACACUUCCAGUGGACGAAUGCGAUCCUUGGAAAAAACAGAGCAGCACUCUCCUCUGUGUUUCAAGAAGAUGCUUUCAAGUAGUCAUUCCCCAGUCCUAAGAGCAGAGGAGGCCAUCCAUGAUAUUGUCCAGUGGUCUUUAUCUCAGACUCAAAACAGUGGCAGAAGUAUAUUCCUGCAACGUUCUCUUUCAUCCACCAAGUCUCACCUGCCAGUUCUGAGCCAUACCAGAAAGGAGAAGCUUCAAAUCCGUCAGAAUAAUUUUUUUGCUGCUGAUCUCCUGGACAGACAUGCACAGUGGUUCACUGAAACAGUGAAGCCUUUCACUCCCAGAGUUUUGAAAACAGCAAGCAAGCCAUACCUUUCAAAAUACAGGUAUUAUAAUGGCCCACAUGGAAAGAAAAGUCCCUCACUUCAUCAACAAUCGUUCAAGAGACCAAAUAAGUUUAACAGGUCUUCGGAAGAUGAAUGUCUAAGAUAUUAUGCAGAUUACUCUGUGAGGCAUCCAGUCAAGAAACACCCACAUAACCCAAUUUCUCUUCACUCACUGCUUCUUGCAAAAGAAGAAGAGUUGAAGUACCUUCAGUUUCUCCAGGAACUUGCAAGUGACAUUUUGAGGAGAAGCUGUUACCGCAAGGAGGCAGUGAGCGAUGUAUUUCAGAUGCACACUAGAAAAAGAAGGUAUGACCUUGAUGAGGUAAAAAUGCGAAGAAUUUUUCAAGCCCUGAAGGAUGAUUUGAACAUCUGCCCUCAUCGGCCAGAUUCUCCUGUCUUUUACACUUGCUUGAAGCACAGGAGAAACUGUCUCAACACAGCCACCACCUUUUAAGUCAAAAAUGGUCUUCUGAAGCAUCAGACUCAAACAAGCAUAACAGACUUUAUAAUAAGAGAGGAAGGGAAUUUACAACGUAGAGAGGCAUUCAGAGUACUGUAAACAUUAAUGAAACUUAACUUGAAUAUUGUACUAUCUGAAGAGAAUUGCGGUUGAAUCCUAGACUUCUCCAUGCAAACAUUUUUUAUAUUCUAUGUACUAAUAGUGAACUCAUUCUGACUGUUGGUAACAGCAUCAUCCUUACA